CCUUUUCAUCAUCUCAUUCAUUCUCUCUCAAAAUUCCCCUUUUUCCACUCUCUUCUUCCUCUUUCACUCUCUCUCUUUCUCAACGCCACCAUCAUCACCAUAGAUAGCAUGAUAUCAAAAAGAGGCAUUAAUGGGAUGGAAGUCCCUAAAAAAAGGACUGGCCUUGUGUUUAGAGAGACUGCUACUGCUAAUGCCAGAGACGAUCAAAAUCGGGAUCGCGCACGAGAGGGUUUCAGUAAUGCACCCAACCCUCCUGUUCAGAAAAGAUCUUCUGAAAAAGCUAAAGUUUUGAGGCCAUCAAUACAGUCGUCUUUGAGUGGCAAGGAGGUAGUUGGUAGUUCUCGGAGCCGUAGAACAUCUGCUAACCCGGUUAAACCACUAAAUGAGCCUCGGAGAAUAUUAUCUUCGGGUGGUCUUCCAGCUGAAAAGGAAGGUAGUGUGAUUCGGGCAGAAGCAGGAAAAUCUGGUGCAGUAUCGAAUUUAAGAUCUCAAAGGAGUUUUAAUCAAAGACCUGGAUUGCGUCAACGAGAAACUGAAAGCAUUGGUCCGGCUACACGAGCAGUUUCUAGCAAGUAUGGAUUGAGGAACCUCAGAUGCAACACUGUAACUGAUGUCAUCCCUUCUUCCUGCUCAUCAUCAGAUUCUAGUUCUACCCUUAAUAGAAGUAAGACUAUUGUGACAAAAAUGAGAAGCUCUGAAGGGGAAAGUAGCUCCACUCUUAAAGGGAAGAAGGUGACCGGGUCUUCAUUGGAAAGUAGCUCCACUCUUAAAGGGAAGAAGGUGACCGGGUCUUCAUUGGAAAGAUUGAAUUCUGGCACCAGAAAUGGCAGACCUAGUUCUGAAACAAGAGGGUCUAGAAAUAUUCCUCCUCUGAGGGACAAUAGCAGAGCAUCAGUUAGAACUGAAAGAACGGUUAGUGGUUAUGCCCGGGGAAGAUUUUCUAACCAAGGAAAUGAAAACUCCAAAGAAAACAAUGGGGGCAAUAGCAGAGCAUCAGUGAAAACUGAAAGAACGGUUCGUGGUUAUGGCAGGGGAAGAUUUUCUAAACAAGGAAAUGAAAACUCAAAAGAAAAGAAUGAGUCCCGUGAUGUGUUGCCUAAUUCUCCUCAUUCUAUUGAUAUUAACUCUCCUGUCACUGAGGAGUUUCGUGGUGUUAUGCCUAUGUCUCAUGAAGAACAUGAUACCCGUCAUUCUCUAAUAAUUCAGGAUGGCUUUCGGCGGCGCCACAAUAUGGAUGGUAUUUCUGAGGUAUUAUUGGCACUUGAGAGAAUGGAACAAAAUGAAGAGUUGACCCAUGAGCAAAUUGAUUUACUAGAGACCAACUCUAUUCUUGAUGGACUUAGCUUCUAUGAUACUCAUAGAGACAUGCGGCUGGAUAUUGAUGACAUGUCAUACGAGGAACUCUUAGCUCUCGAAGAGAGAAUGGGUACAGUUAGUACAGCACUGUCAGAGGAAGCACUCUCUAAUAGUGUUAAAAAAAGUGUCUAUGAGUCUACGCCUUCGGAUGAUGCAGCCGACUGUGUUGAUGAGGAUAACAAUGAAAUCAAAUGCUGCAUUUGCCAGGAGGAAUAUGUUGUUGGAGAUGAAAUCGGAAGACUGCAAUGCACGCAUAAAUAUCAUGUUGAUUGUAUACAGGAAUGGUUGAGGCUGAAGAAUUGGUGCCCUAUGUGCAAAGAGUCAGCUGCACUGUCCAACUCGUCGUCAUCAUCAUCUCAUUAGUUGCAUUUUUAUUUUUCCUUUUGUACAAAAUUGUUCAUUUGCUUUUCUCAGCAGAAAGUACAGUUGCUUCCCAUUUUUCUAAUUGGUUUACAUGCAGUUAACAAAUGGUGUCCUAAACCGUGCCUUGACGGACCCUGGUGGGAUCUUGUUCCUCUCAGGUCACAGAAACUUGCAUUUACUUCGAUCGCUAGAUCGGAAUUGGUGAAUGAAAUAUGAAUAUUAGACGGCUCACAUUCUGACUUUCAAGUCCGAUUCCAAACCUGAACUCAAAAUGUGAACCGUCUGAUGGUUUCAAUCAUUGACCGCGUGUUUUUCUUUGACAAGAGAGAAUCUGAUCCUUUUUUGGUUAGGGAUUGAUUGUUAUCUUGUGGAUGAAAGUAGUCUCAGCUUGUUAUUUUUUUUACUGAAAAACAUAACAAAAUGAGUAGUUUGCAUGACUCUGUUUUUCUAUGACAGUAGAGAUUUUGUUUUUGCAUGUGGAAACCUACAAGCCUUCAUUUUUAAAAUUUAAUGGUAUCAGGGUGUUGUGCAACUUAUUUUUAUAAUUCGAGACUGUGUUUCUAGGCUAAU